AAAAAUAACAUCUCCCCAUGUAAGGUUCUAGGCUAGUGUGUGGCGCCCAGCGCCGUGUGACGUCAUCGAAGUGCGACUCUCAGGCUGAGUGAAGCUGGCGCUACCAUUGUUUUUAGCAAAACGUCCGCCAUCCUACUAACCACAGGAAUUGAAACAUGCCGACCUGGGAGAGUGGACAGAAAUGGAAGUGAUUACCUUUACAAAAGAUACAGUCUUAUCUGAUGUCCAUGUACACACCCAACAAAAGCGGCAUCUCAUGGUCAGACUGAACAGAGUAGGGCAGCCAGUUUUUCAGACACAUUUUAAGAUCCUUUGGCAAAACAAUAAUCUGAAAUCUGCAAGUGAAGAUUGUGUAAUUAUUACGGACAAUGAAGACACAGAAAAUCGAUGUGAAGAAGAAUUAUUGGUUUUCAAAGCUCCAACAUUAUGUGAUAUACAAACCGUGGAAAGCUUUCUUGAUGAAGAUGGAGACCUUGAAGUCCAGAGAAGGCCACCGUCUCCGGACAAGGAUAAUGCCAAGGAUUAUGCUCGAGAUGUGGUGUGCCCAACUAUUCUGACCAUGGGUAGUGAAGGUGAAAUUGAGGAGGAAAAAUGUGUAAAUAAUAAAGAUGUAAUUAAAAUAGAACAUACUAUGGCAACACCAUUAGAAGAUGUUGGGAAACAGAUAUGGCGUGGAGCUUUCAUUCUCGCUGACUACAUUCUGAGCCAGCAAGAUCUAUUCAGAGGUUGUACUGCACUGGAGCUUGGGGCUGGCACUGGUUUCACCAGCAUCAUUAUGGCAACAGUUGCUAAGACUGUCUACUGCACAGAUGUCGGUGAUGAUCUUCUUGAAAUGUGUGAAAGAAAUGUGUCUCUAAACAGAUCCUUCAUGGAACAAGCAGGCGGACAAAUAAAGGUGAAGGAAUUGGAUUGGCUUAAGAACCAACUUGGUACAGAUCCAGAAAACCUAUACAACUGGACAGAAGAUGACAUAUCUCACUUUUAUGAUGAAACAACAGUAAUAUUCGCUGCUGAUGUGUUUUAUGAUGACGACCUUACAGAUGCACUCUUUAAAACCCUUUACCGGAUCACACAAUCAUUAAGACGUAAUUGCAUUAUUUAUUUAUCUAUGGAGAGAAGGUACAACUUCACCCUAAGAUACAUGAACAUCACAUGUGAUGCAUAUAAUCAUUUUCGAAAUUGCUUAAACAAUUUUGAGACCGCUAGACAUGGAAAACAAAGAUGGUCAGCACAGGAAAUCAAACUAAUGUUUCCACAAUUUUUCAUCUAUGAACGAGAACAUUUGGAAUUGUGGAAAAUUACUGCCACACCCCUUGCGUGACCUGUUUAUAGAAGACCUACUGUACAACGGCACAGAACAGAGCCACUCAUGAUCUGAGAAUUAUACAGAAAUAUAUUGUUUGCUACUGAAAACAUUCAGUUGUGUGCAUAAACUUUUCUUGGAGAAUGCAGUGUUUGUGUAAAGUAGGCUUAAAAGACUGGUAAAUAAUAAUUUUUAUUCAUUGCUGAUCAUGCCUAGUUUUAUUUCAAUCGGAGUGUAAAUAGUGAAUAAACAUAUGCAGAUAAGGCAGAAAAAUAAAUAUCUGCUAAGAUUUGGCACAAACAAAAAGGCAAUCACAUCAAUUUUAGAAGAGUUCCCUCUCUAGAUUUUCAAAACUGGAAAUAAAAGAAUGCCAGUAUCUGGUGUAGAAAAUUAUAGUUAAGCACUUGUUAAUAAACUGGUAAAUGUAUUCACAAAAAGGAUUACACUAGAAUAUAUUUGUCUUGUUAAAAUAUACUGAUACUAAGUAAGAGAAGCAAUCCAUAACAUAUUUAAAGCUGAAUUCCAGAAAUAAAGCCACUUUGCAAAAAGAUUUCAAAGUGGUGCAUUACAUCUCUUGAACUUAUCUCUAUUUAAAUCAUGCAGGUUUAUGGCUCUACUGGAGCAUACAGUGACACAGUUGUUUGAGAGAGGCACACAGAGCAGCUGUGCCUGCCCUUCCCCUCUGCUGCCCAUUGAGAGAAGCCUUUGUAUUUUGUGAAUAAGUUCAAAUACUACAAAGGCUUCUGUGAUUGGGCAGGAGGGAGGGGAGGUGCAGGCAUAGCAACUGCACUAACUCUAAUGUUAAAGAUGCUUAGAUCUGAAGAAUCAGCAUUGGGCUUAUAGUAAUGCAGUUUAGUCAUCUUCCACGAAUGCUAUACAACUGUCAGAUGUAAAUAAAUAAAGAUUAGCCCAGAAGAUGUCAAGAAGCUCUUUGGACUUAACUCAUUGUGUGCCUUCACUUUUUAUAAAUAAGCAAAACUCCUGGAAUUCAGCUUUAAAACAAACUUGUAAGGGUUGGAAUUCAAACGUUGUUACUUCUCUGAUGGUAUUUAAAGUUUCACUGCUGUCAUCCUAAUUUUAGCCUACUAUCUUGUAAGUAAUGGACCUGAAACAAGUCUGACAAUUCUGAAGUCGUGUACUAGUCCUUCAGUGGUUUUUAGAUACUCAAACAAAAAACAUAGUUGGUGGUCCCAAAGACUACACAAUUAUAAACAGGUCUCAAAUAUGCAAAUUAGUGAAAUUGUGAUCCAUUUAAAAAUAUAACAAUAUAUUUCAGAAUUUUAUGAAAAGUUCUGUUUUCUGGAUCAUGACAUGCUAAUUUAAUGUUGUCAUAAGCUAAAACAAAGCUAUUCAAGCAUAGAACGUGUAGUUUUCCAUUACUAUGUUCUUUUCUAAUUUUACUAAAUUAUUUCUAAUUACAAAAUGUUUUAUCACAAGGACCUGCUACAUUUGCUGCAUACAAGUUAUGGCAUUUUUGUUAUGUAAAUCCCCCAAGAUUUUUACAGGGGGGUGUUGCUUCCUAAAAUAACAUUUUUAUUCAUUGAGGGGAGAAGACAAAGAGCUAUUUUCACUAAAGAUAAAAUUACUCCGUGGCAAAAAGUACAAACUCGUAAAGAAAAAUAUUUAGAUGAAAAAAUACUGUAGCUUGAUCAAAUAACAUAACACAACUGAAAUAACAUAUGAAACUUCAAAUUAUUUACUAAUGUGUGAAUCCAAACUACAAAAAUAUAUACUAGAAAGUUAGUUAAUGGGGAAAGAAUAAUAAUAAUAAAAAAAAUCUUAACCAUAAAAAUAAACUUAAGUACUGAGCAGGUAGAUGAGAGUUUUGUGUCCGCUCCGCUAUGUAGAGCGGACACAGACCACUUCCCUCUAUGGGGCAAUCGAAUGGAAACGGACCUCUUGUCCAUUUCCAUCCAAUCCAAACUGAUCCACUGGAUGAAUGGGGAAAAGGACCACCAUUAGUCUGUUUUUGGCAGGCAGGAUCGGAUCGGAUGGUGGCAGGUGCCAGCGGACAUGUGUCUGUUGUCAUCCGCCGCUCCAUAGAAGAGACUGGAGGGUCCGAUCAAGUCCGCCUGAAAAACUGACAGGCGGACCCUUUUGUGAAAGGGCCUAAAGGAAAAAUCUUCUAAAAGAAGCAGGAUAAAAUCUUUAACCUAUAACUUUUAGGUAAACACUGAUGCAAAAACAAAUGUGUUUAUUCAAUUGUGCCCCGAAGUGUGGUCUGCAUUCCUUAGUAAAUUAUGUUAUAUAUGUUUAAGCCAUCCUACCUCAAACUGUAUGAUUGGUGGCUGCAUCUGUCAUAGUGCAAGCAGUUACUGCUUAUAGGACAAGAACAGUGCAAAAUUAACCAAGAAAUGCCCUGUUUUUUUUCUUCUAUUCACUAAAUUAAAGUUACCAUAACCACUGUUGUUUGAACUACAAUAAUACAAUUCAUAUAAUUUAAAUAAAUACUUUAUUUUUAUUGUAUUUCUCAAACAUUUUACUGUUAAAUUUGAAUGUUACAUUUUAUUAAAGGUUGUGAUGAUA